CUCGGCUACUUGGCACCCGUGCACUGAUGCGCGCUCCCGACAGUAAGCAUGUGACGCCUCCAUCCGGGACACUGAUGCGGACUCACUCUCCAUCAUGGCGGCGUCAGCUAAGAAGAAGAAUAAGAAGGGGAAGACCCUGACCCUCACCGACUUCCUGGCGGAGGACAGUGGGGGCAACGCCCCCCCGAGCUACCCCUCAGCCAAGCCUACCAGCUGGGCCGAUGAGACAGAUGACCUGGAAGGAGAUGUCUCCACUUCCUGGCACACAGAGGAAGAUGUGUAUCGGGCCCCGCCCAUUGACCGCUCCAUCCUGCCCACGGCGCCGCGAGCCGCCAGGGAGCCCAACGUGGACCGGUCCCGGCUGCCCCGCAGCCCCCCCUACACCGCCUUCCUGGGGAACCUCCCCUACGAUGUCACCGAGGACUCCAUCAAGGACUUCUUCCGUGGACUCAGUAUCAGCGCUGUGCGCCUGCCGCGGGAGCCCAGUAACCCUGAGCGACUGAAGGGCUUCGGCUACGCCGAGUUCGACGACGUGGACUCCCUGCUGCGGGCCCUCAGCCUCAACGAGGAGAACCUGGGAAACCGGAGGAUCCGUGUGGACAUUGCAGACCAGUCUAAUGAGAAAGAGAGAGACGACCGGUCCAUGUCCGGGCGGGACAGGAACCGCGGCGACGGCGGCCCUGACAAGACAGACUCUGACUGGCGGGCGCGGCCGACCGGGGAGAGCGAGGAGCCCCCCCGGAGAGACGACGCCUUCGGCGAGCGGUCACGGGACCGCUACGAGUCGGACCGUUUCCGUGACGGCCCACGCCGGGACAAUGACCGCUACGACGGGGGAGGCGGUGGCGGCGGCAGGGACCGAUACCGCGACCGGUAUGACGACCGGGACCGCCGAGACUUCGACCGUGGAGGGUUUGACUCCCGCAGUGGGGGCCGGCGCCCGUUCGGCAGCGGGUUCCGGCGUGACUACGACGACCGCGACCGGCGCGACGACUACAGAGGCGGCGGGGAGCGCUACGGCGGCGAGCGCGAAGACCGGUACGAGAGGCGGGAGGAGAGGCGCGAGGAAAGAGGCCCGGUCCAGAGGCCCAAGCUGAACCUGAAGCCCCGGAGUGUUCCCAAGGAGGACGAGCAGGGAGCCCCCCCCUCCUCCCAGACCGGCCGAGCCGCCUCCAUCUUCGGCGGGGCCAAGCCCGUGGACACGGCAGCCAAGGAGCGCGAGGUGGAGGAGCGGCUGAAGAAGGAGCAGGAGAAGCUGCAGAGGCAGCUGGACGAUGACAAGGGCCGGGGGCCCGAGCGCAAGCCCAGGGAGAGGCACCCCAGCUGGCGUAAUGAGGACCAGCCUGCGGAGCGCUCUCGGACAGGAAGCGAGUCAUCGCAACCGGGCAGCACUUCUGGUAGGGGGUCUCGGCGCAGAGAGAGCGAGCGCUCUGUGGAGAACGAGGUGUUCAGCGGCCGCGAGGACGACCCGCCCUCUCCCGGGACACGGGCCCCACCCCCCAGGCAGGAGGCCCUGCCCCUGAAGGUGGUGCCGGCGCCACCCCCCAAGGAGAAUGCCUGGGCCAAGCGCAGCGCCAUCAGCGGGAGCUCCACCGACGGGGAGAGCCGAUCCCCCAUCUCCCCUGGCGGCACCAACCCCCCGAAGCUCAGCAGCUCAAGCUCGGUGGAGGAAAAGGGCUCUCAGAAGGGCAUAGAUGAGAACAAGGCGGACGGCGUGCAUCGGGACCGGGUGGCUUCGCGGGGCAGGGGCGGGGCAGCAGGUCCCGGGACAGGCAGGGGGCGAGGAGAAGCGGCCAGCAGAGACCGGCGAAAGGAGGCGGACAGAAAGGACAGCAGAAGAGAACGAGACUCCAGACCAGCAACAGAGCCAAAGAAAUAUGAAGAGUCUCCCAGCCCUACAUUCAGCUCCGCCAGUAAAUACGCAGCCUUGCUAAUGGACGGCGAACCCGGAGAAGAACCAGAGGAGAACGCCGAGUAAAAGAAGAGCGAGAAAAGGAAUGAAUGAAAGAAAGGAAGCUCAUCAGAAAUAAAUCAACUCUCCACCGCGGAGCAGAAGCAGAACCCUGUCCCCAUCCCCAUCCCCAACCCCAACCCCACACCCCUACCCUACCUCCACCCCACCCCACCCCCCAGCAAGCAGUCCUCAGUCCCUCUUCAGGACUCUGUAUCUAAACAUAGUAAAAUACAGGACUUGUUUUAAAAUAAAAAAAGGAAAGUGCAAAAAUGGUAAAAGUUGGAAUAAAUAAUUAUAAUAAAUAAUAAAAAAAAAACCUUGGGGAAACGGAUGAAGUUAUUGCUGCACUCCUGGUUGUGUCAUCGGCGGAACGGUUUGUUCCUCCAAUCUGUCGGUACUCUUGCGGCCGGAAGGAAAGCACGUGCCCAAAGUAAGGCCCACGUCAUGUCUGUCAGUGAGGAGGACGUGUGGCACGAGGGCAGUGUUGUCCCCCUUUUACUGGGUUGAGGGUUUGUUGCAUUACUCUGGUUCUUGCUGUAGACUGCACUGCACAGGUUUUAGGUUAAUGGUUUAUGUUGUGGCCAGUCCCAGUUUAGACUUUGUGUCCUUUGGUUUUAUUGCUUCUGACAUUAAUUUCCCAGCCAGCCAGCUUGACCUGCUUGCUGUUCACUGCUACCUGUUGAAUCUUUGACGAAUCGCUAAAAAAUAGAGCAUUCAUGGUUAUGACAUGGCCAUAGAAAUGAACCGUAUUGAUCCACCACAGACCGAUCCUCACACACUGACCGACUGUAGACUGGUCCUCAGACACUACCCCAGCACAUACAGAUCCACCACACGUAAGCUUAAAUCAUCUCAUUGUUUAGAGAAAAAAGAUCUCGCCCCUAAUACUGGCCCGCCUCAGAUAGAUCCACGUGCUUACUGGUAUGUGUGAGUGUGGACUGUGCUGGCACUGUGUUCAGGGGCGGCAUUUGCAUUUUGGAGCUGUGGCAGCUUUGAAGGCCGUGUGUUGUAGUUUUGGGUUUCCUGGUGUUUUCUUUCUGUAUCCCACGGUUAACUUUUAUUAUUAUUAUUAUUAUUUUUAUUUAUUUAUUUAUUUUUUUGGACUAACUGCCAAAUGCUGUUUGUUUUUUGCCCUCCCAAAAACAAGCUGGGUUAUCCAUGUGCGCCCAGCGUAAGCCAUCAUUUUUACUGCCUAGGCCAGUUAAAUUUUCGCUUUUCACACGUGGCCCUCCAGACCUGGCGGAGGAUGCCGUGUCUGGGCCUGAGCCAAAACCAAACCCAGAGCAGUGCUGCUGCACACGGGCUUUCAUCACAUCACUAAUGCUGCACAGGGGCUUUCAUCACAUCACUAAUGCUGCACAGGGGCUUUCAUCACAUCACUAAUGCUGCACAGGGGCUUUCAUCACAUCACUAAUGCUGCACAGGGGCUUUCAUCACAUCACUAAUGCUGCACAGGGGCUUUCAUCACAUCACUAAUGCUGCACAGGCCUGCAGAACCUCACCCUCAGAUCCACAGCAUGAUCCAAAUGAUCCGCACUGGGGAAACCAAGGUCUUACCAUUACUGUUGAGCUUGUAGCUGUUACUCUGUUUGGAGUCCCAAGUGGUAACUUCAUAAGAAUUUAUUUGAUUCCAUA